AUCCCUAUUCCUAUCCCUAUCCCAACUGCUAUGCCCCUGAAACAUUGUUCUCCACUCUUUCCUUUUCUUCCCCCAAAAGAGCUGUGCUUAAAGCCGUAAUCUGCUCAGUAUUAAGCGAGAGAGAGCAGGCUGAGUGCUCGCUUAAAGCACCCAUAACCAUCAGAAGGAAAGGUCCCUAAAAACAAGGUGUGUGUGUGUGAGGGGGGGGUGCUUGCUGUACGCCUCUGGUUCCCAUCGGGGUUUUUUUCUGAAAAUUCGAACAAAAGGAAACAAAACGUUCGAAUAAAGACGGGAGUUUCUGCUGGCUCUUGUUGUUUUCUCUGUGAAAAGUUCCUCUUUCACACCUUUUUCCCUAAGGAAACGCGAAAAGGCGCUCCCUUCCCGGGGGAGGUGGGAACCGAGAGGUGUCAAAGCAAAACGCAUUUUGUGCCUCUGGAAGCGCACAAAACAAUCCUUCAGACAUUACAUAUCGUCCCAGGAUGGGAACGAGAGCUGCCUCCAAACCGCUUAUUGGACGUAACGCGGCAAGCAACGAGGGGAACUGACGCGUUCGGGUGAAAAGCGUCAGGAUGGGAAGCCGUGAGGCGGUUCAGCGUCUGAGGUGAAGGCACGGGGCUGGCAGAACAGCGGGCUCCGGGCUGAGCCGGGCGCGGAGCUGCGCUUUCCUUGCGGGAGACGUGGCGGGAUUGGUUCUGGAAAUGUCCCCAAACUCGUUUCAUCGGACAUUGAGAGACGUGGGACAUCGGUGUGAGGAGAACCCCCGGGGCCGCGCGGCUCUGCCCGCCAGGAAUUUAAGGAGUAAUCCACAGCGAUAUAUUUUAACUUUCUUCGCCUGACUAAAGAAAGCGUUGCAAUCAAGGGGAUAUUGAACUUUCUGAGGACUUGAUGUUGGGUAGUGAAGGCCUCUGCACGCAGUGGUGAUGUGCUUUAAACCCAGUUAGAAACAGGGAAUUCAGAAGUGAAGAGCCCUACAACACUCAGCAGAAGUUAGAGGAUUCUGCUCUGUAGUGCUUCUUUCGGAUCAGAAAAAUAACAGCCCCACGUGAGAACAUUUGAAUUUGUCAUCCCAGGUUUACACAAUGAGUGACAGACUCGUAAGCAACUUGGAUAAACUCCUGCUUGAGUUUGUUUUCCAGCUAAAACAAACUUCUUAUGCAAAGGAACAUGUAAAUCAACAGAUAAAUUUGUAUUCUUCAAAAAUCACAGAAAAAAGGAAUGAAAUUGCUAGAUUGCAGGAAAAUAUAAAUAACUGCAAUGAUGCAAUUGCUGAUUUACGCAAGCAAAAUGAGAACAGUAAGGACAGCUGUAAUGCCUGGAAGCCCACAUAUGCAAUUCUUAGCAAGCAUGAAGAAUAUUUGAAGAAUGAACUUGAAGUUUUACAAGAAACUACAGAAAAUGAGAGGAAAAUGUAUCAAGAUUACAUAAUCCAGUAUAAAGAGACUCUGAAGCAACACCGUGACAAAUAUGCAGAAACUGCCCUUGCACAGAAAUAUUAUAAAAAAAAGAAAGAGCUUGAGGAAAUCCAGAACAGAAUUCAGAAACGGUCUGAACAAUAUAAGUUGAAAGAAGAUGCUGACUUGGACAUUCUUGAGCCUGCUCCUUUCAAAUCCAUUAAUGACUGGGCUUUAUAUAUUGCUUCUUUGAGGCAAAAAACACAGGAAAUGUUAAAGCUUGCUGAAACUGCUACACAAGAGUCAACUGAACUAGAAAAAGAAGCAGACGAAUUAGAAAUGAAAAUUAAUUAUUUAAAAAAAACAUUUGAAGAGACCCCAGAAGAUCAAAGUAAUUCAGAAGUGAUUGAAGGAAAAAAUCUGAAAAGUCUAGAGAAACCAAAGGAAUUUAAAGAAAGGACAUUUGAAGAGAGUGAACAUCCUUCUUUGUUACAUGAGAAACAUCAGCUUUACAAACCAUUACAACUCCCAUGCAUUCCUCGGAAAUCAGUCCAGUCUUUACAGACUACUAGAUUCUCUAUGCAGCAAACAGAAACAGGGAGAGAAGAAAAAGAAAAUCCUAUGGAACAAUCAGUUGCUACUACCAGUUCUUCCAGCCAUGCAGAAAAUCCAUCACAGAUGGUUAUUGGCACUGCUGCAACUACUAAUCUACAAGUUGCCCAAGUUCCAUCAAUAGCAAGUUUUCAAAGCCAAACGCAGUUCAGAUUGCUACGGCCUCCAAAGCAAGUGACUGCUAAUCAACAGUUUGAGAGUGAAAAAAGUGUAAUAGAAGACCAAGAAGCCAAAUGUGGUGAUAAAGAAGCAGGAGAUGAACCUAAGGAUUCUUCUUACAUACCUCAAGACAGACGUGCGUAUUUUAAGCCAAAUGAGAAUAAUCCUGACUCAGCAGCAGAAGGUGCAGAACGUUUUCUAAGAGCACCUGGAACACCAGAGUUUGUUGGAACACCUGACUCAAAGGGGAAGAAAGCCCAGUUUUUUAAAACACCUCCAUUUGACUUCAUUCACAACAUGGGUUGUGAAGAAGCAACAUCAAAAUCUCCUGCUUUUUUUUCUCUUUUGGGCAUCUCCCAGAAGUCACCUGGCUUUAAUUUGUUUGAUUCUUCUGUAUUUGGGGCAGAAAAUUCAUCUGAUGAGAUAGAUGAAGGUUAUUCUGUGGGAAACUUGAAUCCCAUGUCACCACAUAAAGAUUUUGGAAGCUUAUUUGGAAAAUCAGAAAGUGAGGAUACAUUUGCCUUUCCCUUCCCCUUGGAAUCGACUUCUCAUGCUUUUGGAGAUGGCAAAGAUGACUUCAGUUUUCCAUUUGCAUUUGGAGAAGAUCAGAGAUCAUCGCAGUCUCCUUCUGUGAAAGGUUUUCAUUCUUCCUUGCAAAAUACGAAGCCAUCUACAUUCUUUUGAAUACCUUUGACUCCCUUUUAAAUUCUUUUCCUACUUAGCCUUGACAAAUGUUUCCGUUUUCAUAAGUUAAAGUACAAAGCAUUUCACCUUCUUCUUUCAUUUCACUUAAGAACACGUUAUUGCAAUUGCUGCAAGAGCACGUGUACAUUCAUCAGAUGCGUGCUUUGAGAUGCAGCUUUUAUUUUUCUUAUUUCUUUUCUAAAUAUGUUGUUUUCAUAAAAUGUUAUGAUAUGUUCUACCUAAACUGUCUCUUGGAAGUAGCAGAAAUGCCAUUUUAAAAUAGCAUGUGGAAUAAUUAUAUCCUUAUCUGUGAGAGCAUCCAAGCUUCUAGAUGAGUACUUAGAAUCUCUGACUUAAGCAUUAGUAAAAGUAACUGUUUAUUGUUCUGGACAAAGCUGAAUUUGAGUUACUGUUCUUCAAUUGGUAAUAAAAUUCUUGAA